UCUGCAAUGCAUCCUGGUCCUACUCCUGCCCCUAAGAGUACUACACCAGGAAACAACGACAAUGAAGAGCAAAUUGAGAGUUCACCUUCAGUCGAGUCGAAGUGCACAGAGGUAUGUGGCCAAGGUGACAGCCCACGUUCAUGUUCUAAGAUCAGUUUGGUCAAAGUGUAUCCUGCAGGCCAAAAAGAGAGAGCUAUAAAAAUGUAUGCAGUAAUAGAUGACCAGUCCAACAGGUCACUGGUUAAGUCAGAGUUUUUCAGCCUUUUCAAAAUCAAUGCCAAACCCACUCCAUACACCUUAAAGACUUGCUCUGGCAGAGAACAAACCUCAGGUAGGAGAGCUGUAAACUUCUUCCUCGAGUCUUUGGAUGGAGAGGUCAACAUCCAGCUACCCCCUUUAAUUGAAUGUGACUCUGUUCCAGACAAUAGAUCUGAAAUACCCUCUCCAGAGAUUGCCCAGCAUCACCCACAUCUUCUUCCAGUGACAGAUAACAUCCCACCUGUCGACCACCACGCCCCAAUCCUUUUACUCCUUGGAAGGGACGUCAUCAGGGUCCAUAAGGUACGUGAGCAAAUCAACGGACCCAAUGAUGCACCAUACGCCCAAAGGCUAGACCUGGGUUGGGUUAUUGUGGGGGAGGUGUGUUUAGGAAAAGCGCACAGUCAGUCAGAGGUCAAUGUCUAUAAAACACACACCUUAGAUAAUGGACGUGCAUCCUAUUUUGAGCCUUGCCCAAACACAAUUCACGUUAAAGAGAAUUAUGGGGUCACUAUGAAUGCAACCUGCAUCACAGACGAUUUGGGACACUCUGUGUUUGUUAGAUCUGAGGGUGAUAUCAAACAAGCCAUGUCUAUCGACGACAGAGCAUUCCUGACAAUAAUGGACAAUGAAGUUUAUCAAAACCAAGAGAACAGCUGGGUUGCACCUUUACCCUUUCGCUCACAGAGAAGGAGGCUCCCUGACAACAGAGAACAAGCCCUAAAACGCCUCUGCUCUCUCCGAAAGACUUUGGAAAAGAGACCAGAAAUGAAAGAUCACUACAUCCAAUCCAUGCAGAAAACGUUGGAUAACAAUCAUGCUGACCAAGCCACUUGGUUCAUUCCAGCAGCAGACCUGCAGAACAGUACCUGGUUCUCAGGUCCACCCUUUCUGUACUCUGACCCACACACAGAACCACACACUGGUCCUUUCACGCUCAUCGAACCUGAAAAAGACAGAGAGAUACGUCCGGAAAUAAAAGUAAUGAAAACUACUGUAGCAGAGCCACAGUUGGGUUCUGACCGUUUCAAAAAGUACUCAAACUGGAUCACUCUUUGCAGAGUCAUAGCCAGACUCAUUCAUGUAGUUACAUCCUUUGCACAAAAGACAAGUGGACAAAGGGGAUGGAAAGGUUUCGGUGAGACACCGAGCGUCCAAGAACUCACCCGAGCCCAAGUAGUCAUCAUUCGAGCUGUCCAACAAGAAGCUUACAAAGGGACACUUGAAAACAUUAAAGAAGGAAGGAAGGUCAGUGGCAUAUUUGAUGCACUCAAAAAGCUCAAUCCUGUGGUGGACAAAGACAGUCUCUUACGAGUCGGAGGACGUCUUUCCGCCGCCGAUCUCACAGAAAAUGAAAAGCACCCUCUGAUUAUCCCAUCUACCAGCCACAUCGCCAUGCUAAUUGUAACUCACUAUCAUGAACAAGUGGCUCAUCAAGGAAGACACAUAACUGAAGGAGCUAUCCGUGGUGCUGGGUACUGGAUAAUUGGAGGGAAGCGGCUUGUGUCAUCUGUCAUUCAUCGGUGUGUCACAUGUCGCAAGUUGCGAGGCAAAAUGCAGAUCCAGAAAAUGGCAGACUUGCCCGCAGACCGAGUCACCCCUGAACCACCCUUUACCACUGUAGGCCUAGAUGUAUUUGGGCCAUGGACUAUUGUGACGCGUCGUACAAGAGGUGGUUGUUCCCAGAACAAACGUUGGGCUGUGUUAUUCACAUGCAUGUCAACUAGGGCUGUGCAUAUCGAACUGAUAGAGACUAUGUCUGCUGAUAGUUUUAUCAAUGCAUCAAGAAGGCUCUUCUCUAUUCGGGGCCCAGCCAAGUUUCUGCGCUCAGACAGAGGCACGAAUUUUGUGGGCGCUUGUAAGGAAUUAAACCUAAACUCCGGGAACAAAGCGGUAGGAAAGUACCUGCAAGAGAGAGGGUGUUUGGACUUUCAAUCCCCCUCAUGCGUCUCACAUGGGAGGCUCAUGGGAGCGCCUUAUAGGCGUUGCCAGGCGCAUUCUGGAUGCAAUGUUGUUACGAACUGAACAAACACGUCUUACUCAUGAAGUGUUGUGCACCUUCAUGGCCGAGGUGAUGGCAAUUAUUAAUGCAAGGCCUCUUGUCCCCAUAUCCACUGACCCUGACAGUCCUGCAGUACUCACUCCAGCAGUGCUACUAACGCAGAAGAUGAGUGCUGUGUCUGCUCCACUUGGGAACUUUUCAUCAGGGCAGUUGUUUGGGAAACAAUGGAAACAUGUUCAACACCUUGCUGAUACCUUUUGGAAAAGGUGGAAAGGAGAAUAUUUGUCCACCUUACAAAGUCGUGCAAAAUGGACAGAGACUAGACCUAAUGUCAAACAAGGAGAUGUGGUCCUGCUAAAGGACUCCCAAGCCAGCAGGAACGAAUGGCCCAUGGGACUAAUAGUAAAAACAUUCCCCAGCAGCGACAAGAAGGUCCGAAAAGUGGAAGUGCGGACUGUAAAAGAUGGGACUGUUAAAAUGUUUCUCAGAGCAGUUUCAGAGAUUGUUGUUUUUCUUGCAGAGACUGAAUGAAUAUUCUUCAAUGCUAAAUGAUGUUUGAAUAUGUUGUAUUGAUGUUUAUUGUGAUAUAAUGUGUGUAUAUCAAGCGGGGAGUGUUAUGCCUUUUGGUCAAAAGUCAGUAGUUAGUGCAUAGUCUGAUUAAGUUACAUAAGCAAAGUGAUAAAUAAGUUCAAAGUUAAGAAAUAUUAUAAGUGAUUCAUGCUAAAAACAGUUAAAAUGUAUGGGUUUGUAAUUUGCUCAGAGUGAGACAUCGUUAUCACAAGCGAUCUUUGUAUUGUAUGUGCGGAAAUGGGAGCGAGGGAGCGCUCUGAUCAUUAACAUAUCUUUGACGUAUUUUCUCCGUUAAUGCCGUGAAAAGUGUUUCGGCAGUAUUAAAAGAGUGAACGAGUUCAUGUACACGCUAAGAGUGCCCUACACGCUUGUACCUUGGGAAACGUUCGUCUUUUUACAAAUAAGAAUUAGCAAGGAGAAGCCUUGAGAGACAUAAGGCUUUAAAGGAUCUUCAUUAAAAGCAAGAAAAGCAAGCCUUGUGUGGAAGAUCUCCUCUAUUUUGUUCGCUAGCUGUCUAGCUUCACAUGGUCACGUGUCGUGAG